GUCGGCGGGACCGGGGCGGCCCGAGCAGCGCGGCCGCCCCGACGGGCUCUGCGGCCGUCACCGCACGCACCCCCGCCACCCCGCGCCGGGGCUCCCUUUCCUCGCUUUCCUGUCCCCCCCCUGCUGGUACGCUCAGGCGGGAGGUGCCGCCGGCCCGGGCCUUCCCUCCAGCCCAGCCUCCUUCCCUCAGGACUCCCGUCCCCCGCCGCCUGCCCGCUCGCCUGCCCGGGGUGGUCUGAGGGUCGCUGGAGGCUUUUGUGAAGGCCUUCCCUUGCCGCCGCGAGCUCUUUGGGAGCCCUUCGUCCCCGGCCGCCGGGACUCACCUGCGGCCGGUGGGACCUGGCUAAGGGGGCUGUUUGUUGCUGUUCGACUUCUCCUGACUCACGCCCUGAUGUGCAGAAUCAAGCUGGAAGCCAGACGUUGUUGAAGCGCUGUGCUCAGCGUCAUGGCUUAGUAAAGACACCUUUGAACUGGGUCAGCCACAGCACAAAAGUCAGAUGAUGUUUGAAAGCUGAAGGAAUGAACACACUGUCAUCUCCUCAUGUUGAAGUGUGCGUCUUUAUAUUUCCUACGACUGAAAUGACUUGUUAAACCUCAAGGAUUCUGAAAAAGAGAAAACAAAAAAUACCCGGUAUGGCUUCAUCAUCAACACCUAAAUACAAUUCAAACUCCUUGGAGAGUUCCUCGAGUAAAAGGACUCUAAAAGAUGGAACUAACUGGGAACAAAAUGAAGAAAUACCUCGUCUGCCAGGAGAGACUAGAGUUACAGACAAGGAAGUUAUUUACAUGUGUCCGUUUAACGGCCCUGUUAAAGGAAGAGUGUACAUCACAAACUACAGGCUGUACCUAAGAAGUGUGGAAAAUGAUCCAGUUGUGGUAUUGAAUGUUCCAUUGGGUGUAAUUUCAAGGAUUGAAAAAAUGGGAGGAGCUUCAAGCAGAGGAGAGAACUCUUAUGGAUUAGACAUAACCUGUAAAGAUAUGAGAAAUUUACGGUUUGCAUUAAAACAAGAAGGGCACAGUAGAAGAGAUAUAUUUGAAGUCCUAACAAAAUAUGCUUUUCCCCAGUCACAUAACUUGCUUUUUUUUGCCUUUGUAAAUGAAGAAAAGUUUUCUGAGAAUGGAUGGAUGGUGUACAAUCCCAUGUCUGAAUACAGGAGACAGGGGCUGCCUAACGAGCGGUGGCGAGUAACGUUCAUUAAUGAACACUACGGGCUGUGUGACACGUACCCAUCGCUCCUGGUCGUGCCAUAUAACGCCACGGAUGAGGAUCUCAAAAAAGUUGCUGCUUUUAGGUCCCGAAAUAGAAUCCCGGUUCUGUCGUGGAUUCAUCCAGAGACUCAAGCUGUUAUCAUGCGCUGCAGUCAGCCCCUUGUUGGGAUGAGUGGCAAGCGGAAUAAAGAUGAUGAGAGAUACCUUGAUAUCAUCAGGGAGGCUAACGGGCAGAUCUCAAAACUGACCAUCUAUGAUGCUAGGCCCAAUGUCAAUGCAGUUGCAAACAAGGCAACUGGGGGAGGUUAUGAAGGUGAAGAUGCAUAUCCCAAUGCAGAACUUUUCUUCUUGGACAUUCAUAAUAUUCAUGUCAUGCGGGAAUCAUUGAAGAAGUUGAAGGACAUUGUUUACCCUAAUGUGGAAGAAUCACACUGGUUGUCCAGUCUGGAAUCAACCCAUUGGUUAGAACAUAUAAAGCUUGUCUUGACAGGAGCUAUCCAAGUGGCUGACAAGGUAUCCUCAGGCAGGAGCUCUGUGUUGGUUCACUGCAGCGAUGGCUGGGACCGGACUGCACAGCUGACAUCUCUGGCCAUGCUGAUGUUAGACAGCUACUACAGAACCAUUGAAGGCUUUGAAGUUCUGGUGCAAAAAGAGUGGAUAAGCUUUGGACACAAAUUUGCAUCGAGAAUAGGCCAUGGUGAUAAAAAUCAUGCUGAUGCAGACAGAUCACCCAUCUUUCUCCAGUUUAUAGAUUGUGUGUGGCAGAUGUCUAAACAGUUUCCUACGGCCUUUGAAUUCAACGAGCAGUUCUUGGUUACAAUCCUGGAUCACUUGUACAGCUGCCGGUUUGGUACUUUCUUGUAUAACAGUGAGUCUGUCAGAGAAAAAGAGAAAGUACCUGAGAAAACCCUAUCAUUGUGGUCUUUGAUAAACAGUGAAAAAUCCAAAUACACCAAUCCUUUUUACACUAAGGAGUUAAAUCGAGCACUCUAUCCUGUAGCCAGUAUGAGGCAUUUAGAGCUCUGGGUCAAUUACUACAUCAGAUGGAACCCAAGAAUUCGACAACAACAGCCAAAUCCGGUGGAGCAGCGUUACAUGGAGCUCCUUGCGUUACGAGAUGAUUAUAUAAGGAGACUUGAAGAACUGCAGAUCACAAGUAACUCUAAGAUUCCCAAUUCAUCAGCCUCAUCAGCAUCUCCCUCACAAAUGAUGUCCCAUCUCCAAACACAUUUUUGAAGAAAAUGAUUUGUUCUAUACUGUAAUAGCAAGUGGUGCUUAACAUAGGCCUAUAGCAUAAAGAGAAAUAAUGCCUUACAUUAGACUGUCCUAACACAAAUUAUUUUAGACUGUCUUCAUUUGAGGAGGACUUCAAAAGAAACAAAACCAAUUCUUCAGUUAUGUGCCUUUCAGAACCUGUGGACUGGGAACAUUAUUAUCAACUUCUACUUAUGGAGGGCUUUAAGAGUUAUUUUGGCAAGUCUGGUACAACUGAAAUGGAAUUGAUUUAUUGUUUGUCGUAAGGAUGCUUUAAUUUAUUACAUUCUGGGUCUUGUUCCUGUGAGGAAAUUCAUGCUCAGUCUUACACGUCAUGAAUAAACACAUUAAUGGCAAUAGGAAUAGUCACAGUGUGUAAAGUUAGGUAUGUGUGCAUUCCUGUUAGGAAUACCUUUGUGGAGGUAAAAUAAAUCCUGUUGUAAGAUUUCGGAGAGAAGUGUUGAAAUUUUCUGGUUACUUGAGAAUUCCAGAUAUUCCUAUUUCAAAAUAAACAAAAACAAGGAAGGGAUUUCACUGAUCUGCUUCUAAUUAAAAAGUUCAGAUAUCUCAAUAGAUAACAGAUUUUUUAAAUGCAUUUUUAAUUGAAACUGAGGUUUUUUUAACAAAUUACAAUUGUACUGGACUCAGAAGCCCUGUUUUGACUAACUGUUUAGCACUAAAGUAUAUUACAGAUUGUCACUGUUGGCAAUAUUGGUUCUUUGGAUUAAUAAAGAAUAAAAUAGUUCUAAAGAAGGUUUCUAGAAUCAAAAUCAGACCAACAGAGAUGUUGCUUAAGUAUCCAGCAAUAGCCAUAGUGUGAAAGUUUGUGUUUGUCUUCAAACAAUAAACGUGCCUGUUUGAGGGAGCUUUUAUACCAAAGUAGGCAAAAAAUGAGUUAAAUACUGUUGAAACCUUGUACAUUUAUGGCUUACUGGCUAAUUUAACUAUAGUUCAGCAAAUUCAUUAGCAAGUAUUUAAGGGACUUCAGUAUCCAAGAUUUGCAUAUAGCGUGUGCACACAUUGAACCUUCCAGUGAGUUCUAGUUUCAAGCCUUCAUUUCAGAGGCUUCUUGUAACCCCUUGAUUUGAUCUUUUCAGGUAUUUUUUUAAAUAGCUGCAAGCAUUUAUUAUGACAGCACAAACCUUACUACUUGAUAUUUAAUUAACUUAGCAUAUUCUCAGAAGCUUGGUGACAUACAGGCGAUCCAGGAAAUAUUGCAAUUCAGAAUCUGUAGAGGACUCUAAUAUUGUUGUUUUAAAAGAAAUAUUUUCAUGCUUAAGGCUUCUGUCACUGUAAAUUAUUGUACAUGUGGUGAGUUUUGAUCUGCAAGAUCUAAUAGGAUUAUAUAUAAAUUAAGUUUUGUGUAAGUAUAUAUAAUAUAGUUUAUUAGAAAUUUUGCAAGUUUAUAAAGUGUAAAUAUUUUGCAUAUGAAAACUAAAUUUAAGGCUACGGUUCCAUUAAAAAGUUGAAGUUUAGAGGACAUCUGAUUAUUUUUAGGAACAGUGUUUUUUGUCAAAGGAAUAAAAGUAUACCACCUCCUGAUUUAAUCAGUAUAGACACUGAGUUGCACUAAUUUUUUUUCAGGGAAGCUCAGAGCAUACAGUGUGUGUGUUCUAAGUACACAUAAUUUAUGACUUCUUUUUUUGUCCUCUAAAUUUCAUUCUCCCAUCAGUGUCCUUCAAUGUGUUUCCAAAAUGACAAGCUUGUCCCAAAGUCUUGACAAUAAGGUAGAUCAGAUGCAUUACAUCAGAGAAAUGAAGAGGGAUGCUCCAUUGUUCAUGAUAUACAUUUUGAAAGCCAUGCAUACUCUGGUAUAUUUGCCUUGUGGUUUAUUAAAAAAAAGCUAUUUUUAUUAGAGUAUUUAAAGUUUCCAUAUUCGAGUUGAUUGUGUUGGUGACAUCUCUGAGCAGUGAAAGUCUGAUCAGUUGUACUGUGUAAACACUACAUGGUAACCGGUUACAUUGGGGAAAAGUGUAAUAUAAUGGGAAGGAUCUUUUUGCACUUACAUAUAUACCAUUCUUCAUAUUACUGGUUCAGCUGAAUAUCAGCCUUCGAAGCUCUCUAACAUAGCUCUGUGCUGGCUCAGGCUUUUGUCAAGUCAACAGAUAAAGAGACUUAUUUUAAUUCUCUUUUUACAUGACAGUAUUAGGCAAACAUAGGAGUGUUUUUAAUCCAGUGCUUUUGGGAAGAUACUACUUUAAAGUUGUGACAAUGUUAACAGAAAACCUUUCUCUCUUCCCCUUAAACACAUCAUCUGGGCUGCCAUUCUGCUGCGCUGCAGGCACUGUGUGCACCUCUGCUCCCUUGCAGCUGCAGCUCACCCUGGAACUGCAGCUGGUUCCCUCUUGUAGCCUCGCAGCCAAGUACAAACCUGAGGAAGCUUUUGCAGCGGUGAAUGAUGAGAGCUUCAGGCAGAGUGCCUUUUUCAGGAGGGGUAAGAAAGCAGGGCUGGGAUGUGAACAUCCCACAGCAUGUGCUGGUAAGAAAUGGUGUUCUAGUUUUCUCUUUCUGUGUCGUUACUUCCUUCCACAGACCCAAGAAGAUGACCUUGUCUUUGUGCUGGCCUGCAGUUACUUAUUUAGAAAGUUUGUUUGUGGAAUGCCUUUGUUUUUUGCUUAUGCCUUAUCUCCCCCAGCAUCACUGUUAUGGGUAUACCCUAGAAAUUAUUUCCAUACUACCUCCUUUUGAUGUAUUUUUAAACUUUGCCUUGAGUUCAGUGGUUUGUUUGUUUUUUUUUUUUUUUUUUGUCUUGCAAUGAGCGUUUUGUCAUGCUUGAAAAGAAGACUGUAUAAGUGCCCGGGCCUCUCCUUGCUGCUGUUGGGGUAACAGUUGGAUAGUGCAGCCCUUUGCGGGAGCUGGAUGUGACUUGUCAAAAGCCUUUGGGGCGGGGUGGGGGGGAGCAGAGCUGAACAUCCGUCUGCCAUGUACGUGUGCGAGGGGAAAGGAAAAAUAAAGAUGUCAGUUUCAAA